GGUUGGUAAUGAUGGAAAGGAUAUUUUAUUGGAUGCACAGCUUAUAUUUAUUUGUUUGACAUUAAUUUGUUAUAUUUUGAUGUUUUUAAAAUUAUUAUAUGACCAAAUUAAAGGACAGAUUUGUUUAUUACGUAAAGCCCUCUACAAAACACUCGCAAUUAUUAUGGCCAUCCAAAUUUUUGGGUAUUUCUUUUCUUGUAUCUCUUACAAAAUUGUAGGGCAAAUAGUUUUAACUGAAAUACAAUCUCAUAUUAUUCAUGGAUUUAUAAAUUGUUUAUCCUCUCUAAGUUCAACAAUUGAAGUUCCUGUUUUAUUUGUUGUAAGUACUGAACACAAUUUGGCUUUAAAAGAUGAAUUUAAAUGGUUAUUUAAACUUUUCUCCAAAGAAACAAAAACUAAUGUUGUUGCAAUCAAAAAUAAUGAGGAUAUUGAAAUUAUUGAAAGAAAUCAACAAAAUAAAUUUUUAAAUAUUACAAAAGAAAAAAUUGAAAAUUAAUUUAAAAAUAUAGUUGUUUUCAGCAUUUUUAUAAAUACUUUUUGGAAAUUAUUCAAACUUUUUUUUGUAUAAAUUACAAUGGUUUAAGAUAUUUUUUAAAGUAUUUGAAAUAAAUAUUUGAGUUAAAGAAACCCCAAACCGAUUUAUUUUUCAAUAUUUAUUGGCCCAUAUAUAAUAGUAGUUAAUUACCGGGUUUGCGCACAAAGUGAUACCGCCUAACUGCAAUUAGUUUUGAUUUCUGUUCGCGCACUAACCGCAACCUAUUGACAGCUUUGCUGGGCGGAGGGGUCCUAAUCCUAUUGAACGAGUGGGUGAAUGAAAAUUAAAGUUUUAAAAAAAUAUUAUUAAAAUUUAGAUUUAACCUUUUCCCCAAUCAUUAUCAGAAGUAAUUUUAUUUUUAAUUGAAAAACCUAAUUAUUUAAGGUGCACAAAAAUUAUUAGAAGCAGGAGGCCGAAAAUAAAACGCACCCCGUUGCUGGGUAAUUUUUUGUUAUAAAAUCUGAAAUUUUAAUUUGUUUAGUUCGUCAUACUAAACCCAAAACUAUAGAAGUAAAGAAACAGCAACAUUCUUCUUCUUCCUCUUCUGCUGGUAUUUCCAAUUAUAUUUGUUUAUAUUUAUAAGAUUUAUUAGCUAUUGGUUUUGCCAAAAAAUUCUUCUUCCUCCUCUUCUUCUGCUGUCAAACAAUUUUUGCUGAUCCUUCUACUGUGUCCUCAAAAUCAAAUGCUACUUCCGGUAUUUUCAAUUACAUUAGUUUAUAUUUCUAAAAUU